AUGCACCUCCUGAACCUAACACUGCAGCCACCCACGGCCGUGCAUUUGGCCGUGUAUGGUAAUUUCUCGGCCCCUCAGGCUCAAGAAUUUUUGGUGGCACGUGGUGAUGUGCUGCAGCUGCUUCGCCCCGAUGAGGCUGGUCGUCUGGAAGUUAUCAUCUCGACACAAGUAUUUGGGGUUGUGCGCGCUCUUCAGCCCUUUCGACUCACAGGAGGCGACCGGGACUUCUUUGUGAUUGGCUCCGACUCAGGAAAGAUUGUUGUUCUUGAGGUUAACCCUACUGCUAGUCGGUUUGAGGCCCGACAAAGCGAAGCUUACGGUAAAACGGGCUGCAGACGCAUCACUCCAGGUCAGUACUUGGCAGCCGAUCCUAAGGGCCGCGCUGUGCUUAUUGGAGCCGUGGAAAAGCAGCAGCUAGUUUAUGUCAUGAACCGCGAUGCAUCUAGUCGUCUUACAAUCUCAUCACCAUUGGAAGCUCAUCGCUCAAACGCCAUCCACUUGGGCGUCGUAGGGCUCGACGUGGGCUUUGAAAAUCCCAUUUUCGCCUGCUUAGAACUGGACUACGCUGAUGCAGAUGCUGAUCCCAGUGGCCAAGCAGCCAGAGAGGCCGUGAAGACGCUUGUGUGCUAUGAACUGGAUCUAGGACUCAAUCAUGUAACCAGACGUUGGAGUGAACAGGUCGUUAGGAGUGCUAAUAUGCUUGUGGCUAUCCCUGGGGGAGGUGAUGGACCGGGAGGAGUGUUGGUACUUGGACAGAAUGUGGUACAAUACAAGAACGAAGGCCAACCCGAAUUGACAUGCGCUAUUCCACGCCGAGCUGGAGAACAUCGAGAUAUUAUUAUUGUCUCGUCAGCUACGCACAAGCAAAGAGACCUCUUUUUCGUGCUAUUGCAGUCUGAAUUAGGAGAUUUAUACAAAAUCUCGCUCGAGUAUUCGGGUAACACAGUCGAUGAGAUCAAAAUUCAAUUUUUCGACACAGUGCCUGUGGCAUCGUCCUUGUGUAUUACUAAGACCGGAUUACUUUUUUGUGCGUCCGAGUUUUCGAAUCACUAUUUAUUUCAAUUUUUAAGUAUCGGUGAGGGAGAUAAUACAGCCAAGUGCUCAAGCUUGGCCAUGGAUCCGGCCGAAUUCCCGACAUUCUCGCUGAGAAAACUGACAAAUUUGGCUUUGGCUAGCUCAUCUCCUAGCUUGAGCCCAGUAACGCAAUUGCUGGUGGAUGAUUUAGCGAACGAACAAACUCCGCAAAUAUAUGCGUUUUGUGGUAACAGUAAUCGUUCAUCACUACGUGUGCUACGUCAUGGCCUUCCGAUCACAGAGAUGGCGGCUAGUGCGCUUCCGGGUGUUGCUAAGGCAGUGUGGUGCUUAAAAGAGUCGUAUUCCGACCAACAUGAUAAGUACAUUGUUGUAAGUUUCGAAGAUGCAACUUUGGUGCUUGAAGUAGGCGAAAGUGUCGAGGAGGUGGCUCAGUCUGGUUUUCUACGCGACCAUGGUUCAUUGUUAGUGGCUUUGCUGGAAGAUGAUUCGAAGCUACAAAUUCACACAAAUGGUAUUAGGCAUAUCCCCAAGUUCCAGUCUGUAACUGAAUGGAAGGCGCCCGGUAAGAAGGUAAUCGAGCACUGCGCUGCGAAUUCCCGCCAAGUUGUAAUUUCGCUCGCUGGUGGUGAGAUAAUUUACUUUGAGCUGGGCCAGUCAGGUGAGCUCGCAGAAAAGGGUAAACUAGAUCUCGGCUUUGAAGUAUGCAGUUUGGAUUUAGGAGAAGUUCCAGAGGGUCGUCAGCGCUUUCAAUUUAUGGCGGUAGGAAGUUGGGAUAACACAGUCCGUGUUCUAUCGCUAGACCCAAACGAGCUGUUCCGACAAAAAUCAACAUUAGCCUUGACGUCACAUCCUCACACGCUCUGCCUCGCCCAGCUGCAGAGCGAACCUGCAGCUCCUGACUCAGAGCACUCGUCGCAAGCGCUAUAUUUGAGCAUCGGUCUCGAUAAUGGUGUUUUGCAGCAAUCUCUUGUUGAUCCCAUCACAGCCGCUUUGACGGAUUCUCGCUCCCGCUUUCUUGGAACAAAUCCUGUAAAACUGUUUCGGGUGUUUGUAGAAGGAAAGCGCUCUAUUCUUGCCCUUUCUAGUCGUUCAUGGAUUUCAUACUUUUAUCAAACGCGGAGACAUAUCACCCCACUGUCGUGCGAGUUUCUUACCUAUGCGAGUUCUUUUGACACUGAGCAGUGUCCCGGUGGAAUUGUCGCAUUGACGAAUGAAGGCAUGAAGAUCUUGACAAUUGAUCAGCUUGGUGACACAUUUAAUCAGCAAAAAUGUAAUUUGCGCUACACCCCGCGCAAAGCGGUAGUACACUUACCUUCACGACGACUUGUCGUGGUUGAAAGUGAUCACAAUGAAUACGGGGCUGCUUACAAAAGACAGCAUGGAUUGCAAAUUCCUGAUAUUCAUAUGGUGUGCGAAGAAUUAGAUGUCAAUGAACAUGCCCGCAGCAUUGCUACUUGCGUGUUCCACGACCGGGGCGGCGAAGCCUUUUUUAUUGUAGGAACCGUGAAAAAAUUGCAGUUGCAUCCUCAAAAGGCGGUCGCAGGAGGUUGUUUACGUGUCUACCGUCUCGUUGAAGGAAUGCAGCUGGUGCUUGUGCACACAACCGAAAUUGAUGACAUUCCACACGCUAUGUGCGAGUUUCAGGGUCGUCUGCUUGUCUCUGUCGGACGAGCUCUUCGAAUUUACGACCUGGGAAAGAAAAAGAUGUUGCGCAAGUGCGAAAAUCGCAACUUCCCUUCCAUUUUAGUAGAGCUGAAGGCUCUUGGCGAUCGGAUUUACGCCUCAGAUAUGCACGAGUCUUUUCAUUUUGUAAAAUACAAAAAAGAUGAAAACCAGUUGGUGAUAUUUGCCGAUGACUGUGUGCCGCGCUUUAUCACUAGCAGCGUCUUGCUGGAUUACGACACGUUAUGCGGAGCAGACAAGUUUGGCAACAUUUUUAUCUCUCGACUUCCGUCCGAGGUCUCGGACGAGAUUGAUAACCCUACGGGCAAUCGAAUUCUCUGGGACUCUGGUCUUCUCAAUGGCGCCCCCAACAAGCUUGAGCAGGUGGCACAAUUCCACGUAGGUGAUGUCGUAACUAGCAUGGUGCGCACAACCUUGGUUCCUGGCGGAAGUGAAGCAAUAAUCUAUGCGACUAUCAUGGGCCGCAUUGGUGUUCUCAUUCCAUUUACCUCGCGUGAAGAUGUGGACUUUUAUAGCCACUUGGAAAUGUACAUGCGCCAGGAACAGCCCCCGCUUUGCGGCCGCGACCACCUGUCGUAUCGGUCGUAUUACAUUCCGGUGAAAAAUAUCACUGACGGUGAUUUAUGCGAGCAAUUUAGUACUUUGAGUGUGGAAAAGCAGGCGAGAGUGGCUGAAGAUCUCGACCGAACGCCCGCUGAGGUACUGAAAAAACUUGAGGAUAUUCGCAACCGUCUUCUAUAA